CGGCGGUAGCAGCGCAACAGUAGCUAGCAUGUGUCGAAGGUAUGCAAGGGAAAGGUGAGACUGAGGAUUACCACUCGUAAUCAUGGAUUUAACCGACUGAUCGGUGUUCACCUAUUCAGUGAAAAUGACUAGUCGAGGUCAGCACUAUGGCUUCCAGUCGGCCACGGUGGUUCAACCCUCCAAUGGAGGUCACGCCUACCUGUUCGGGACCACCGGUUCCGAGAAUGAACAGUCCGAGGAGGAUGGCGAGCUGCGGCCGCGUGGCAGGGAGAGGAAUCGGAGGAGCACCUCCAAGGAGAGGAUGGAUGACAUUGUCUACCUGACCAGAGACAUCCAGGAGGGGGACACCCUGAACAGCAUCGCCUUGCAAUAUCAUUGCUCAGUGGCCGAUUUAAAGCGCUCAAACAACCUCCUGACCGAGCAAGACUUUUUCGCCCUGCGAUCUGUGAAGAUCCCCGUCAAGCGCUUCAGCAUGCUGACGGAAACUCACAACACUGGACCCCACAAAGCCGCCUCUCCCGCCGAAUCCCGACGCCCGACCCAGAUCUCGGCCGGCACUGCCCUCCAUAUCGAGUCGUCUACGGACUCCUCCUCCACGGACAGCGUGGAAGGCUUUCUCAUGGAGAAGGACAAGGACAUCGAGCAACUAGUGAAAUCAACGGGGCCGUCCAGGAGCGGCCUCAACGAGGUUGUGUCCUCGUUGACGCUCCAGAUGAAGCCGGGGAAAACCGAGUACAAACUGACGGCAAAAAAGGACCCUUAUUACGGAGCCGACUGGGGCAUGAGGUGGUGGACGGCGGUGGUCAUCAUGCUGGUGGUUGGCAUCAUCACGCCCGUUUUCUACCUACUGUACUAUGAAGUUCUAAUGAAAGCUGAAGCGGGCCACCACGAGAGCCCCGCGGAUGUUCCCGGCCACGUGCUUUACACACACGACCACGAUCACGUUCACCUAGAUCGGAGUCACGCCGGAGCCGGAGCCUCGCAAAAUGCUGGAGACGUGCCUCACCAAGCCCCGCAAGGACUCAAAUUAAACAGCGCACCGCGUGGAAAGACAUGACAAAAGUGAUUUUCACUAUGACACAGUGCAAUCUUGAGAGGGAAAGUCACUUUUAUACGUUUAUUAAUUUAAAUGUUUCCAUGCUGCUGCCUUGUCGUCUUUUCAAGUACCGACAACCAUGUACAUUUCCGCGACACUGAUGAGUUUCGAAAAGUUUGAAUUUAGCAUCGACACCCAAUUUGAAACCGUUCCCCGUUGUCUUAACGUGUGUGACAAGCUUUUGUCAGCCUACAGUUUAGCCAAUGGCCAGGCCUCCUUUUUGUUACCGUGACGACCAGGGGCUCGGUCUGAGCCUUGCAACAACAUUGGCUUUUAUGUGUGGGAGCAGAUCCCAGAGUGGAGCAAAAAAAAGGAGAGCCUGGAGAGACCAUGAAAGUAUUUUCAUUCAUAAAUGCAGAUCUUCACCGCGUUUGUGAAUGAACAGCUUCAAUGAAUUUUCCAAUCGUACGUUUGUUCAAUGCCGCAUAAUGCAUCAUUUGGCAAAAAUGAUUGUGGGAAAUUUGGAUUUAAUUUCAGGAUUUAAGCCAAUUGUACACUAAUGGUAUUAAAAAAUCUUAAAUUACCUUUCUAGAUGUCUUCGCCUUUAGAUGGCCUGAAGAGUACUGCGUUUAAAAAAAAAC